AUGCCAGACUCUUGGUGGGAGUGCGCCGCAGCCCUCUGGCGCUGCGUCUUGCAAACCGGCCGCAUCCCUCGUGCCUGGACCCGCGGACGGACCAGCCUCCUCUGGAAAGCCUCCGGCAAAUCGCGCCCGAUAACAGUGCUCCCCAUUCUUUGGCGGGCCGGAGCCAAGUUGAUCAAUGAGCAGCUGUCAGGAUGGUGCAUGUCGUGGCGCACCGCUCGAGACACAGGCGGUUUGCCGGGAACCAGUGUGGCUGCAGCUUUACAACAACUCCAUUUUGAGACCCAGCAAGGCUUCCGAGCCGUCGCUCAACAAGACAUCGCCAGCUUUUUCGACAGCCUGGAGUAUGGCGCUACUGAGGCAAUCUUGACCCAUCUCAAGGCGCCUCCGGAGCUCGUCCGCCUUUUCACGAGCGCAUGCGCGCAAUCUCAACGCAUUUUUGCGCUGGAAGGAGCGCUAAGCAAAGACUGGUAUCGACCUACCAGAGGACUUCCUCAGGGUUGUCCUCUCAGCCCGCUAAUAGCGGCGGCCGUCACACACGUGUGGGCAUGCCACGUCCUUGGCGUCGAGGAUCAAGUCGACAGGCCCAUCACAGGCUACGGCUAUGUCGAUGACCGGGUCCUGCUGCUCAGGCGUCAUGGAUCCUUCCAGGACCUCGCUCUGGCUGUGGAGCGUUCGAACCAGUUUGACCGGGCCAUGCAACUUGAGGUUUCGUUGCCCAAAUGUGCCAUAAUUGCUGAGGCGUCGUGUCAGGAGGCUGCUGCUCUUGCUAGGACUCUCGGCUACAAGCACCUGCAGGAUCUGGAAACCUCAGGUGUGGUGGUCCCUCAGCACGGCCCUUGGCGGCUCCUGAAGUUCUCACUUCGCAAACUGCAGGUUCGGCUUCAACUUCUUCGAUCUCUAGGGCUGCCUAACAGAACGAUUGGGCUCCUGCUGCGCUCGCUAAUUGUGCCAUGCUUCACGUGGGCUGCUGCCUACGCUGCACCGGACGCGGCGGAGCUGACUGCCAUCAGACAGGAGAUCAACCACAUGACUGCUCGAUUCUCCACUUUUGGUUGUGCGAGGGUGCUGCUUCAUGAGACGAUUGGGUGGUUCUUGGACCCCCAAUUCUGCUUGGAUGUGGCCACCCUGCGGGCCUACUGGCGCUCUGUCGUGCAGCCGAUGGAUUGGACUGAGGCCCUUCCUCUGUCGGAGCUGCAAGGCUAUGUGAUCAAGGCACUGCCCAUGCUGGAGCCGACGCUGCAACGCUUGCAGUGGGCACUCUCUGCCGACACUAAGGAGGGUGGAGUGGGACUGCUGUCCCUGGAGCCUGGAGGCGUGGGACUGCGACUUCCACCGCCCUCGCGUGACGCUCAAUUCGCUUUCGGAGGCCACCGUGAGUGCUUCCGGGCUGCGGGCAGUGACCGAGAGUUGCUCCUCGCCUCCAUUGGCGCGGGGGCUUCCAAUUGGCACUACAAUGCAGGAGCGACUCUUCGCCAUGGAGGUGCGGCAGCUCCGCCGGCCAUCGACCUUCAGGAUUUCAAGGAGCACCUCGUGGAGCUCCUCGGCACCUUCGCAGACGAGCAGGACCUCUUCGUAGCCACGGACGGCUCCAGCAAGGAUGGCGUGGGCUCCUCGGGCAUUGCUGUUCAGCAUCCUGACUCGGUAGCUGCUUUCGGCGAUGGGCUGGAGGAUCAGAGCCCGUACAGGAUGGAGGUUCUCGCGCUUGCGUUGGCCCUCGGGGCGAUUGACAUUGCACGGCGGGCUCCCAAGGUACGGUGGCGUCGGGUCUACCUCGUCGUCGACUGCCAGGCGGCGAUUCGGGCGAUCCAGGGCGAGCAGGGCUUCGACUACGCUCUCCUGCUCGACACGAUUCGGCGUUACAUCAAGAAGUUUCGCGACGGCAAGUUGGAAGUCGAGUUUGUCUGGACACCGUCCCAAAGCGGCACAGGCAUCGAUGGAACGACGUUGGCUUUGAAGGCCAUCGCAACCAUCGCCAAGGCCUACCGAGACUACUUGCACACCCUGGGCACACCAUCGGGUGAACCUUGA